AUGAACUCAGAGAGCGGCGAGGAAACAAAAAAGAAGAUCAGGGAUGCCUAUCGUCUUGCCAGAGGCUUCCUCAAAGAUUCUGAUCACAAUCAUAUCAAAGCUUUGGCGACAACCCAGAAAACUAUUUCUGCUCAUGGGACCAAUCCAUUCUGCUCUGUUCACCACCUAGUUCAAGGUGAAAUCUUUUCUCUGUUAGCGAGUAAAACUGAUGCACCCGACGUCAAAUGUCUGUUUUUGUUUGCAUCCCUAGAUUCAUAUUCAUCGUCGUCGCGUCUCUAUCCCCAAGAUGUAAGGUCAUUUUCUGGUUACGCUACUUCGCUGAUUGAGUUAGGUGAUAAACUUGGGAUAAACAACUUUUAUGCGAAAGCUCUGUCCAAAGCGAACAAUGGCCUAACGAUGCUUCAAUCUCAAAGAACUAGUCAAUCCUUGGAAUAUAUUAAAGGUUUGGAGAAAAACCUUCAGGAUAUUAUAAAUCGUGCAACAAGAAAGAUGGCGACAAGACUUCCGGCUGUGACUUUCUCUGAUAGAAGUAUGGCUAGUCAGAUGGUUUUGCUAAAUGAACAGGAGAAGCGAUAUGCUAAUCCUUCGGCUGAUGAAUUCAAGAUGUUUUGGAUUAAUCUAGAUGACAAGGCCAAGAAGAAUUUUAUGGUAGUAGACGCUACAAAGCUUAUAGAGUAUAUUCAUGAGAAGUAUGACAACAAAGUCAAAGAGAAUUUUCAGAAAUGUUUAUGCGUCCUGGAUGAUUUUCGCUGGAGAGUGUGGAAGUGUCACCUGUGUCCUCAGGUGAACUAUUGUUUCACCGACUGCAUGAGGCACGUAUUUGAUAAUCAUGUGAACAGAUUUGUACCCCAAGUGAGUGCUCGUCCGAAGUGUGUUAGUAAGUCUUUGAGUGACAUGAUCUGUUUUGGAGAUUGGGAGCCAGUGGAUAUAGCAGCGGCAGCAAAUCUGAUCAAGAGCAGCAAAAGGCGUGGGGAAGAGUUUGUCUAUGUGAAUGGAUGGUAUCACUGGCCUGUAGCAAAGGAUGAAGAGCGAAAACACAUUCUAAAACAGUUUGCUGAGGUUCUCAAAUCUUCUUGUCCGAAUGAAAACAAUACCCUUUCUUGUACCCUUUGGAACUGGAUAAUAGAUUAUACUGAAGAGAAACUGAAGAUACCUAGUGUUCCUGGGGCCUAUCUUGAUAAAUGUGGUUUUUUUAAGAAUCCUCAAUGCAUCUGCUUCUUAGAUGUUAAGGAGCUCAAAUACAUCUUUGACUAUACUACACAGCUCACUACAGAUGUUCGCAUAAAGUUGGUAUCAACAGCAGUGAAUCGGUUCUGGAAAAAGUCCUUGUUCAAGGAAAGAAUCGAUUUUGAGCGAGGAACUAAUAAUCUGCUUCUGGAUGAGAGGCUCCUGUAUGAAGGAGAGCAUCAUUUUGAUGACGUGGGGACUGUAAGGACUUUCAAGUCAAGUGGAAUUUAUGACCAUGUGAUACCCAAAGGUGAUAACUUCGUCUCUUGGGUUCUAGACUGCCCAAAAAUUGAUGCAGAUAUUGUGUCUCAGGUAGCAGAUCGUGUACAAAAUCUUGAUAUAUGGUUAGCUGCUUUGAGAAUCGUAAGGUGCACCGUUGGAGAAGUUGGAAGCAACUAUGAUCUGAAACAGAAGAUGCUCACCUACCAUGAAAUGUUGGAUGUGGCUGAGGCAAUUUGUGCCAAAGAAGACAAAAGGAAAAACGUUAAUCUGAGGAGUAGGUAUGCAUGGCAGCUUCAAAUGGAGUGUGAGGAGUAUAUAAAGCAUGAUAAACAUUUUUUCUUAAAUGUGGUAAGAGAUGUUCUUGAAGGAACAGAGUCUCCAAGAUUUGAAGAGAUAGAAGACACAAAACUCAUGGAGUUUAUAUCUCGGCACUCUACGACUGUGCAAAAUGACUUUGUUAAAGAAAGUUUAUUGAAUCUAAGAAACUCGUUGACAAAAAAGUUGCAUUUGAUUGAUUCCAAAAUAUUGCUGAGUGAAUUCAUGCUCAAAGAGCUACAUGAAUUCCCCAAGCUUUCGAUAAUUGACAAUCGAUUGGUGGUGUUCCCGUUCGUGAAAAUGUUUUUACAGGAUAAACUGAGGAGGGAAAUGAUGUCAAUUGCUGCAGGAGAUUCUGAUGAACGAGAUCCUAAGAAGGGACGUAGAUUUUAA